GAGACGCAGCCCGAGGCUCUGUCCACUCCCCCACCCCGGAUGAGGGCCAGGAAGGGGAGGCAGGAUUCAGAAGCCUCUGUUUCUCUCCACAGCCGGACAAGAGCCCGCCCCUUUCCCGGGGGACUAUCUAGUACUGGAUGCCACUAAACCAGCCCCACUAGAAGCUCCGCUGUUGCAAAGAAGCCGCUCCACUUUGAAGCGCGAUGACCUCUCUAGGGACCUCUGGCCUACUUGUCCUUCUUUGCGCAUAUGCUGCCAUGGGCUACCCCACAGAAAUGAGCUCUGCGAGGGAGAACGGGGACAUCAGAAACUGCUCCGCCAGUCCUCCGUACUUGCCGGCCACUGCGAUCAACACCACAGAGCGGCUGACGGCCCUCCGCCGACAAAUGAGUCACCACAAUCUCAGUGCCUACAUUAUCCCUGCAACCGAUGCCCACAUGAGUGAAUACAUCGCAAAGCGAGACGGGAGGCUGGAAUGGAUUUCAGGUUUCUCUGGGUCUGCAGGGACGGUGGUGGUCUCUCUAAUGGGAGCCGCACUCUGGACAGACAGUCGCUACUGGAUCCAGGCAGAGCGGCAGAUGGAUUGCAACUGGCAGUUACUCCAGUCAGUGGACAUUUCUUCCAUUUUGUCAUGGAUCCUAGAGAAGACUCCCGACGGAGGAACGAUCGGCUUCGACCCCUUCCUCUUCUCUAUUGACUCCUGGGAGAGUUACAAUAGAACUUUCCAGAGAUCCAAGAGGACCCUGACCCCCCUUGUGCAAAACCUCGUGGACGUCGUGUGGGGGACCAGCCGGCCUCCCCCUCCCACAGAGAAAAUCUACCACCUCUCAGAUGAAUUCACAGGUUGCUCCUGGAAGGAGAAAGUUUCCAACAUCCGAAGCCAAAUGAAUAGCCACCCCCGGAAGCCCACAGCAGUCCUGCUGUCAGCGCUGGACGAGACUGCUUGGCUUUUCAACCUGCGUAGCAGAGACAUCCAGUACAACCCUUUCUUCUACUCAUACACCCUGCUGACCAACACAUCCAUAAGUUUAUUUGUAAAUGGGAGUCGGCUGGACUCGGAAGUCAAGCAGUAUCUGAACACCGAGUGCAAAGCCGACUUGUGCGUGCAGAUCCAGGAUUAUGAUCAAGUUCAGGAUAGCAUCAGGAAGUACGCAGAAGAAGAUGUCAGGAUCUGGAUUGGGACGGAAUAUACGACGUAUGGACUCUAUGGGGUAAUCCCCCAGGAAAAACUAGUGGCGGAGCCCUACUCCCCAGUGAUGAUGACGAAGGCGGUGAAGAACCAAAAGGAACAGGAACUUCUGAGAGCGGCCCACGUGCGGGAUGCUGUGGCAGUCAUCCGCUACCUGGUCUGGCUGGAGAAGAACGUCCCCAAGGGGACGGUGAAUGAAUUCUCGGGAGCAGUUUAUGUGGACCAGCUGCGACGAGAGGAGAAAUACUGCGAUGGGCCAAGUUUUGAAACCAUCUCGGCCAGCGGACUGAAUGCAGCUCUGGCCCAUUACAGUCCAUCCAAUGAGACCCACCGGAUGCUGUCCCACAACGAAAUGUACCUCCUGGAUUCGGGAGGACAAUAUUGGGAUGGAACAACUGACAUCACCAGGACUGUCCACUGGGGCAAACCCUCCUCUUUCCAGAAGGAAGCCUACACCCGAGUGCUGAUGGGAAAUAUUGACCUUUCCAGGCUUGUCUUCCCCUUCAAAACUUCAGGAAGAAUCAUGGAGGCCUUUGCCCGCAGAGCUCUCUGGGAAAUUGGACUCAACUAUGGUCAUGGCACAGGCCAUGGUGUUGGAAAUUUCCUGACUGUUCACGAGUGGCCGGUGGGAUUCCAGUCCAACAACAUCGCCAUGACCCAGGGAAUGUUCACUUCCCCAGAACCUGGCUAUUAUCAUGACGGCGAAUUUGGAAUCCGUCUUGAGGAUGUGGCCCUCGUGGUAGAAGCCCCAGACCAAGUGCCUGGCACAUAUACCCCCGGGCGCUCCCUGACCUUCGAAUUGGUGUCCCUGGUGCCCUAUGACCGGAACCUCAUCGACACCAGCAUCAUGUCCCCCUCUCAGCUCCAGUACCUGGAUAAAUACUACCAUACCAUCCGGGAAGGAUCGGCCGAGCUGCGGAAGAGAAAUCUGCAUGAGGAGUUGUCCUGGCUGCAGGAGCACACCAAGCCUUUCUCCCACGGGAAUCCGCUCCCCUCAUCCCUGGGCACCGCAGGCGUGGCUGCCCUCAUGGCGGCCUUUAUGCCAUUCCUCCAAGCCUAGUCCCAUCCCCAGGCACUUCCUCUCCCACCCCAGGGAACCACACUCCUCUCCCCGCACUGACCGGCGGGGGCCGAGGCAAUGGCCCUCCCUCUAGAGGGUUCACGGUCCGGCAGCCUCCAUCUCAAGAUCCCUUUACUCCUCCUCCCGUGCGGGGAAAUGAACCCGACACUGAAAGCAAAAUGCUCUUCCCCUCCGAGCCAGUAGUCAUACAAAUCACGUGAACGUAUGCUCUAACUGA